AGUCACGCCAAACUGGGCGGAGAGUCUGCUGGCCUCUCUCCGAAGCUCGUCUGGGCGGCGGCGGCGCCUGCAACCGGGGACAGGGCGGGUGGCGCAUCUCGGGCGCGGAGGCAGGAGAAGUCUCAUUGUUCAGGGAGCCGUCGCCUCUGCAGGUUCCUCGGCUCGGUCUGCCCGGCCUGUGUCAGCCCUGCCCAACCCCCACAACCGCCCGCGACUCCCGAGGAGAAGCGGCCCCGCGGCGGCAGUAGCUGCAGCAUCAUCUCCGAUCCGCCAGCCAUGGAAGACCUGGACCAGUCGCCUCUCGUCUCUUCGUCCGCGGACAGCCCGCCUCGGCCUCCGCCCGCCUUCCAGUACCAGUUCGUGACAGAUCCCGAGUACGAGGAGGACGAGGAGGAAGAGGACGAGGAGGAGGAGGACGACGAGGACCUGGAGGAGCUGGAGGUGCUGGAGAGGAAGCCGUUUUCAGAAUUAGAAUAUUCAGAAAUGGGAUCAUCAUUCGCUGCUUCUCCAAAAGCAGCGUCAGCCAUGCUGGUAGAAAACAUUAAGGAAGAAGUUACUGUGGGGCGGAAAGACAAAGAGGAUUUAGUUAGUGGUCGACAGGAGUCGCCUGUGACCUUCUCUGAAGUGGUUAAAGAAGACAGAGUUAUGUUUCCGGAAAAGACAAAGGACAUGUUUAGUGCAGUGCAAGGGUCAGGGGUAGCACCGAUGAGGGAAGCGUAUGCAGACUUUAAGCCGUUUGAGCAGGCGUGGGAAGUGAGAGACACUGGUGAGGAGACUAGGGACCUGUCGGCUGCCGCAGCUUAUCUGGAGAGCAGAGUGCAUGAAAAGUGCUUCGAAGAUAACCUGGAGCAGAAAAGUCCUGGGAAAGAUGGUGAAAGUAGUCCUGAUGACGCUUCUCCCCCCAGCACCCCAGAGCCCGUGAGGGAUGGCUCCAGAGCGUACAUCACCUGUGCCUCUGAUAGCACUGCAGCAAACAUUUUCCCUCUGCUAGAAGAUCAUACUUCAGAAAAUAAAACAGAUGAAAAGAAAAUAGAAGAAAGGAAGGCCCAGAUUAUCACAGAGAAGACUAGCCCCAAAACAUCAAACCCGUUCCUUGUAGCAGCACAGGACUCUGAGGCAGAUUAUGUCACAACAGAUAACUUAUCAAAUGUGACGGAGGCCGAAGUGGCAAACAUGCCGGAAGGUCUGACACCAGAUUUAGUUCAGGAAGCAUGUGAAAGUGAACUGAAUGAAGCCACGGGAACAAAGAUGGCUUAUGAAACAAAAAUGGACUUGGUCCAGACAUCAGAAGCUGUACAGGAAUCACUCUACCCCACAGCACAGCUUUGCCCAUCAUUUGAAGAAUCUGAAGCAACUCCUUCCCCAGUUUUGCCUGACAUUGUUAUGGAAGCACCCUUAAGCUCUCUCCUUCCAAAUGCUGCUGGUGCUCCUGUAGCGCAGUCCAGCGGAUCCCCACUGGAAGCAUCCCUAUCCGUUGGUUACGACAGCAUAAAACCUGAGCCUGAAAAUCCCCCACCAUAUGAAGAAGCCAUGAACGUAGUGCUGAAAGCUUCGGGAGUAAAGGAAGACGUUAAAGAGCCUGAAAGUAUUACUGCAGCCGCUCAGGAGACAGAAGCUCCUUACAUAUCCAUUGCGUGCGAUUUAAUUAAAGAAACAAAGCUCUCCACUGAACCAAGUCCAGAUUUCUCUAACUAUUCAGAAAUAGCGAAAUUUGAGAAAUUGGUGCCUGAGCACUCUGAGCUAGUGGAGGAUUCCUCACCUGAUUCUGAACCAGUUGACUUGUUUAGUGAUGAUUCAAUUCCCGAAGUUCCACAACCACAAGAGGAAGCCGUGAUGCUGAUGAAGGAGAGUCUUAGUGACUUGUCCGAGACAGUAACACCACACACACCCAAGAACGGGUUCAGUGCUUCGCCCCAGGAGGUAGGAAAGCCGUACUUGGAGGCUUUCCAGCCCACUUUACAUAUUACAAGAGAUGCUGCCGCUAAUGCAGUUCCAACACUGACCAACAAGGAGAGAAUUCCUCUGCAGAUGGAAGAGCUCAAUACUGCCAUUUAUUCAAAUGAUGACUUGAUUACUUCUAAGGAAGACAAAAUAAAAGAAAGUGAAACAUUUUCAGAUUCAUCUCCAAUUGAGAUAAUAGAUGAAUUUCCCACGUUUGUCAGUUCUAAAGCCGAUUCUUCUAAAUUAGCCAAGGAAUACUCUGGCCCAGAAGUACCCGUCAGAAGUGAAAUUGCUCAUGUCCAGAGUGGGGCUGGGUCACCGCCUUGUUCAGAAUUGCCCCGUGACCUUUCUUUCAAGCAUAUGCAUCCUAAAGAUGAAGUCCAUGUUCCAGAAGCAUUCUCCAAAGAUAGGUCCAGUGUAUCUAAGGGAUCCUUAUUGUCUUCAGAUGUUUCUGCUGUGGAACCGCAGGCAGAAACGGGCAGCGUAGUUAAACCCAAAGUACUUACGAAAGAAGCAGAGAAAAAACUUCCUUCUGAUACGGAGAAAGAGGACAGAUCACUGUCGGCUGUGUUUUCAUCAGAGCUGAGUAAAACUUCAGUUGUUGACCUCCUCUACUGGAGAGACAUUAAGAAGACUGGAGUGGUGUUUGGUGCCAGCUUAUUCCUACUGCUGUCCCUGACGGUGUUCAGCAUUGUGAGUGUAACGGCCUACAUUGCCUUGGCCCUGCUCUCUGUGACUAUCAGCUUUAGGAUAUAUAAGGGUGUGAUCCAAGCUAUCCAGAAAUCAGAUGAAGGCCACCCAUUCAGGGCGUAUUUGGAAUCUGAAGUUGCUGUUUCAGAGGAAUUGGUUCAGAAAUACAGUAAUUCUGCUCUUGGCCAUGUGAACAGCACAAUAAAAGAACUCAGGCGCCUCUUCUUAGUCGAUGAUUUAGUUGAUUCCCUGAAGUUUGCAGUGUUGAUGUGGGUGUUUACUUAUGUUGGUGCCUUGUUCAAUGGUCUGACACUGCUGAUUUUAGCUCUGAUUUCACUCUUCAGUAUUCCUGUUAUUUAUGAACGACACCAGGCACAGAUAGAUCAUUAUCUUGGACUUGCAAAUAAGAGUGUUAAAGAGGCCAUGGCCAAAAUCCAAGCAAAAAUCCCUGGAUUGAAGCGCAAAGCAGAAUGAAAGAGCCCCAAACAGUAGGAGUUCAUCUUUAAAGGGGACACUCAUUUGGUAGCGGGGGUGGGAGGGUCAGGGGUGAGCCCUUGGCGGCGGUGCAGCUUUCAGCUCUUUAUUUUUAGCAGUGCACUGUUUGAGGAAAAAUGGCCUGUCUUGACUUCUUGUGUUUAUCAUCUUAAGUAUUGUAAGCUGCUAUGUAUGGACGUAAGUUGUAAUCAGACUUGUUUUUCCUGUAUGAGCACUGGGGAAUAAAGUGAGCUGAGAAAGCGAUGUUUUACUGCAGGUAGUCUUGCUGUAUUUGGGAAAUUGCAAGAAGGUGAAGCUGAAAAAAACAAAAACUUUUCACAGUGUACUGUGUUUGGUUGAUGUAAAUUGAUGCAGAUUUUUCUGAAUGAAAUGUUUAGACGAGAUCAUACUACUAAAGCAGAAAUGAAAAUGCUGUUUUUAUGGUAUGUUCUAGGUGUAUUGUGAACUUACUGUUAUAUUGCCAAUAUAAGUAAAUAUAGACAUAAUCUAUAUAUAGUGUUUCACAAAGCUUAGAUCUCUACCUUCCAGCUGCCCCACAGUCGUCGGUCAUAUGGUGUAGUCUCAAGCACGUAAACUAGGAAGAGAAUGUACUUCUGGGAGCACUACCCCGUUUUCAGGGCUCCAGCAUCAACGUCAUUGCAGAGACUUACUGUAUAAUUAAUUCUGUCACAGACUCUGAUUCUAUGGACUGAAUUUAAUGCUUCCAAAUGUUUGCAGUUAUCAAACAUUGUUAUGCAAGAAAUCAUAAAAUGAAGACUUAGCCAUUGUGGUUUAAGCUGUACUGAAUUAUCUGUGGAAUGCAUUGUGAACUGUAAAAGCAAAGUAUCAAUAAAGCAUAUAGACUUAA